AUGCCAGCCGUCUAUCAGUUCACCUCUCCAAAAUGUCACUGGAGAGUGCUUUCGUUGAAGGAUUUGUUUCGCCACCUCCAUGGCUCCCAUGGCCAUGAAAAGAAUUGGAUUUGCGGAUUAUCUGGAUGCGUGCAGUCCUUCACCCACUUCCCUUCAUAUAGGAAGCAUGUUUAUCGCAAGCACCUUGACCUCCUCCAUAAAGAAACAAGAGACCUGUCAACAGAGCUUGAAACCUGCCAUGGCACACCUGCAGCUGACACACACACGGAUGCAUCAGCUGAUGCCGACAUAUCAGAUGACACGACAACAGGGGCCAAUGACGGUGAACAGCAGCAACACAGCCUUCAAAGUGACCAUGAUAGCAGCUCCGCUGCUGGAGAGCCUGAUCGUGUGAAGCAGUUUGCACUACUCUUUCUAAAGUGGAAGGAGAGCAAGCGCUUGCCAGAAGCAACCGGUGAUGAGAUCGCCAAUGAUGUCAUCUCUUACGUCCAGGGUCUCACAGAGGACUUAUCAAGAAAACCAACACAACAAUGGGCACACAUUUUGUCUUCUGUUGGUGAUGGCAUGGAGAUGCUGUCUACAAAAGGAGACAGAACUGACUACUGGAGCACCUGCCUGCCAUUUGUGGAACCUCGAACCAUAGUGAUUGGAACUGAUGAACGUGGAAAACGAAAUGUUUUCCACUACGUUCCGAUACUUGAAAUCCUGAAAAACCUGCUUGAAGUCCCGGAUAUAUACAGCAAUUUGUGCUGUCCAGACAAGGAAGAUGGCUACCUCAAAACAGCUUUUGACGGGACAGCAUUCAUCGAUCACGCAUACUUCAACGGCGAUGAAGAAAUGAUUUGCAUACAGCUGUACGCAGAUGAAUUCGAGGUGUGCGAUCCCUUAGGAAGCAAGAGGGGGAAGCAUAAGCUCCUUGGUGUUUACUUUUCCAUUCUGAACCUUCCCCAAAGGAUAAGGUCCUCACUUUCGCAGAUCCACCUUGUGCUACUUGUAAAUGACACGCAUAUCUCAGCCUAUGGCCUGGACAAAGUUUUUGCCCACUUGAUGGAGGAUGUUGCGUCACUGGAAAAUGAGGGGCUGACAGUGAAGGGACAAACACUGAAGGGAACGGUCUUCAUAGUGACAGGUGACAAUCUCUCAUGCCACAGGCUCGGAGGCUUCAAGUGUAACUUCAGCGGAGGAAGAAUAUGCCGCUUUUGUUUGGCACUACGGCAUGAGGUCAGUAAUAAGCACCUUGAAGCCGACUUUGUAUCUAUGACUCCAGAAGGCCACCUGCAUCAUCUCGAUAUGCUCAAGAGUGGCAUACCUACUUUGUCAUUGUAUGGUGUUCGGGAGCCCUGCACUUUCAACUUCACUGGGUUUCAUCCAACGGAACACUUUCCAACUGACAUCAUGCAUGACAUUUUGGAAGGCGUGAUCUCAUUUGUGAUGAUGCACAUAAUUGAUUACCUGAUGUCCAAUGGCUUUUUUUCCCUCUGUCACCUCAGCAAGUGUAUCGAAAGCUAA